ACGAAACAAUGAUCUCCUUCUUUGUGCUAUCUGCGGCAGUUUUGGCCGUCUGUUCCGGUCAAGGAACGCGUUCUUCUGCUUACCCCGUCAGUAGCGGUGGCUUUUCGAGUACCAGCUUCGGUGGCAGAGGUUUUGAGAGCGAUGGUGGCGGAUUUCCUGGUCCCAGGAGCGGUGGAUUUCCUGGUUCCAGUGGAGGUGGUUUUCCGGGUUCCAGUGGAGGUGGUUUUCCUGGUUCCAGUGGAGGUGGUUUUCCGGGUUCUAGCGGCGUGAGAAGCUUUCCCGGCAUGGACAUGGGUUCUUCUGGACCGGCUUAUACAGGAGAAGGCUUUUCUGGAGGAGGUUCCCAGUUCGAUACCGGAUUGGGUUUUCCUGUUGUUGGUGGUUAUCAAUUUGGCCAAGGCGCUGGUGUUGGAGGUAUGGGCGGUGAUUCUUCUUUCGGGGGCGCCUCUGGAGGAGGAUUUUCGUCGGGAUCGUCGUCUCUGGAAAUGAGAGGAGCGUCUUCUAUUGAAGGCAUGGGGAGCAUAAGAGGAGGCUCUUUUUCAGGACAAAGCUUAGCUGGAGGAACAUCUGGAUCAGUGCAGGGACCAUACAAUGAUGAAAGAAAUCCACCGCCACCUGAAUUCAUCGGAGCCCGUGGCGGCCAGGAAGGUUUCCCGGUACAUGGCGGAUUCUGCGGCGGAACUGAAUGUCAAGAUGGCGGCGUGUCUGUUGGAGCAGGGGACGGAAUGGGAAUGGGUACAGCUGCGGCAAUGGCUGAGCGCCGUCGCAGCGGCUCAAACGAGGACAUUAGAAUGUACGAAAUGAUGACCGGGCCACCGAUGGGGGCUGGAAUGGGGAUGGGCGGUAUGGGAAUGGGUGGAAUGGGUGGAAUGGGAAUGAGUGGAAUAGGAAUUGGCGGUAUGGGAGGUGGGAUGGGAAUGGGAGGUGGGAUGGGAAUGGGAGGAGUGGGAAUGGGUGUAGGAAUGGGUGGAAGAGGGGCAAUGAGUGGAUUUGGAAUGGGAGGAAUGAUUGGCGGAAUGGGAGGUCAUGGCAUGCAUGGUAUGGGAGGAUUUCCCGGUCCCGGUCGAGUGUUCCCAGGAGGCAUACCCGUUGGACCCAGAUACGGCUUUGGCUUUUAAUCCGGCAAAGAGGUCACCGUUGUUGUGUGUAAAUAUACACGAACAAUAUAUUGUGGAUACAGCAAAAAAGAGAGUUGCUUAUUCAUUUAAAACAUCCUGUAUUUACAAGUUUAUCUAUCAAUCUGUUACACGCCGAAAAUCACAUAAUAAAUCUUAUAUAGAUCUAAAUGUAAUUCGUGCACAUGUUUGAACCUUGAAAAAGAGAAGGCACACAGUGACUAGAAUAUGCUAUAAUGAUUCUUUUGAAUAAUGAUGAAUAAACAUUGAAACAGCUCUACUGAAUAUGACAGACCAACAUGUACGUAUAUUGAUUGUUCGCGAAUACAAAAAUAAAACAAUAAUGGUACAUUUUAUUUUUCCAGCAUUAGAAAUGAGACAUCAUAUUCUACAUGCAUAUCGUUUAUAAAAAUUUAAA